UUUUAUUCAUACUACAUUUCCCAUCUGCUUUUCGGCUACUCCUGAUAACUGGCCAAUGAGCGUCGAGUAUAUCGCGCCGUCGGAGUGACCUUUUUGGGGGGCGGGCUGCCGGUCACCGCUGCGCUCUGUUCUGCUGUGAAAACAAGCUAUUAGUUUUUAUUAAUGCUUCUAGUAAAAACGGAGCGAAGAACGGCUGACAAUGGGUGGAAAUGGAAGCACAACGAGGAAAGUGUCAUUCGGACUGGACGAGAAGGUCACAGUCAUUGAAGGAGUAAAGCUCUCAGAGGAUGUACUCCUGAGGAUGGAGUCUCAGACAUCUGACAGCAACAAAUUACCUCAGCAGGACAGUUACAAACCCCCACCAAGUUUAAAACCAACAGGGCCCUCCACAACAGAAAUACACAAGGAAAUGCAUAAAAGCUUUGAGCAUCAGAGGACACUAGUGCAGGAAGAGUUGGCCCGACUGGCCCAACAGGAGAAGGCAGCAGGCCUGGAUGAGCUGCCCCCCACCCUCAUUACCGAUAAAACAAAGCUCUGUGACAUGCAAAAGAAGACCAACUUACUGGCUCGAGAGCUGGAGAGGAAGGAGAAAGAACUGACUGACAUUUGUGCUUUCUAUAAAAAGCAACUAGAAAUUCUGGAGAAGAAGAACCUUGACAGCUACAAGCAGUCAGUUGAACAGUACAACCAGACACCUGCCAAGGCUGAGGCUCAUAUAAGGUCCAGAGAGACCACACCUGUUUGCACUGAGCUGCAGGCCAAGGUGCUUCAAUGCUACAGAGAAAAUCCACAGCAGACGCUGCUCUGCUCCAGCCUCGCCAAACAGUACAUGACCUGUGUCCAGCAAGCCAAAAAGAGCUCACUGACGAAUCACGGCUGAGAAAACAAGGAGCAGAAAGCCAAACAGCACAGAAGGAAAAAAGCAUUUCACAUCUGUGCAUUUCAGUUAUUUAACCACAUCACUGAAUGCCUCCAUCCUUCUUGGAUUUUGAGUGUAUUCUCUUGACUUGUGACUCCAGGCGUAUGAUGUGUUGAUUUGUUGUCAGCUUGCACUGGCACACCUCUGCCACCACCAAAAUAAAACCCGGUGAUCCGGGGGUGAAAA